CGCCUGAACCGGAGGCGAAUGUAGUGGCGGUAGAUGAACACGGUAGAACAAAUAUCAAUUCCAAUGAAGUUGAAAGUCAGACAUCAAAACAUCAAAGUAAAUCAUCGAAUCGUACUGCAACCAGUUCAAUGAUUCAAACCGCUGAAGCUGAAAUGACCGUAGUACAAAGAAUCACAUCAGUAGAUAAUAGUCCAGUUCUAGAAUCUCAUGCUUUAUUUGGACCUAGAGAAUUACUUGGUGAUCAACCUUUACCAUUACCGAUUGUGAAUAAAAAACUUACAGCAGGUACACUUGGGGUUAAAGCUAUUGUCAAACAAUUUGAAAAUGGAAAAGAAAAGCCUUUGAGUUCUACUAGUUCAAGUUCGGUUUCAGGUCUUGGAAUUCAAGUAGGAAAUGGAAAAAAUCAAAAGGUUUUACAUGGUUUAGUUAAGAAACCGAUUUUGUUUGUGGCUAAUCCUGAUCAUAGAUGAUGAAAAAAAUAAUGAUAUCUUGAAUGGUUAAUGCAAACCAAAAUCAAAUGGUGUAUGAAUUUAUGAAGUUAUGAAGUUUUCUUGAGAUCUAUGGAAAAAAAAUUGAUGGAUGGUUGAAUUGAAUAUGUUGAAUAUGAAUUAUAAUUUCUUUCUUGUUUCUUGUUUGACUCUUUUUUUUAUUGAAUCAUUAUUUAUUAUCAUUUUCUCUCUAUCUCUGUUUCUCUCUCUAUCUUGUAUCUCAGACUCAUGGUUCUUUUCUAUAUGGGUUUUUACAAAUGUUGGAGAAUAUACCUUGUUGUUAUAAGUAAAGAGUAGGAAAAAAUUGAUUUUCAUUU